UCCUUGACUAUUAAUAUCACAGUUUACGUAUCAUAUUUUCGGACCAUAAUUACGAUACUUGUUGCAGAUUUAAUUAAUUGUAAAAACAAACCAUUAGAUUCCUGUAUCUUCGGUGUUGAAAACGUGAUGCUAGUUUUAUUCUCGAGCAAUAUUACAAACGGUCAAGUUGUCAAAGCAAACGAAAUUUGCAGUUAUAUUGAUUUAUCAAAACCAGUCAUCUUUUUGACCCAUGGAUUUCUUGCAAGUGCAAAAACGUAUAACUUUUCCGUACUUGCUUCACGAUUAGUAGAGAAUGGUUAUACAGUAAUUUCGAUGGAUUGGGCUGAUGCAUCGUGUUAUAAUGAUUUCUGUCUAUCCGAUAUAAAUAUAUUUUUCUUAAAUCUAGGUAAUCUAAAUUUGUUGGAGUAUCCGUUUGCAACAAAAAACACACGCAAAGUUGGUGACUACUUGGCUAGUUACGUCAAAUCAGUAAUCAAAUGCGGUGUUAAGUUGGAAAACAUUACACUCAUGGGCCACAGUCUUGGCGCGCAUAUAAGCGGCUUCGCCGCGAAGAAUAUAGAUGAUACUACGGAUUAUGGCAAACCUCCGCUUCUAAUCGGUACCGACCCAGCAGCCCCCUUAUUCGAGGGCCUACCUUGCGAAUGCAGAUUUUGCGAUAAAGAUGCCAAACGUGUAAUCGCUUUCCACACGUCGUUCCUCGGGAUACAACGGACUAUAGCUCACUGCGAUUUUUGGUUCAAUAAUGGAUUAGAUCAACCAGCGUGCAACGUAUGGUCGAUACCAGGCACGGGUGCUGCAAACGUAAAUUGCUCGCACAAUAUAGCCAUUGAUUAUGCGGCUAAUACAUUGUUAAAAAAUUGUACGUAUGCAGCUGUUCGUAUAGGAAAGGACAUAAAUCCGCUUCCCAAUUUUAAACUCAAGUGUUCUCCCAAGGGAACCGAAUGCAUUGCUGUGGAUGACAAAAUAUUCGACCCUAAGUCUACCACAUUGGGAAACUAUUGUGUAAAUGCUUCCUCGGAAUAUCCCUAUUGUACAUACAAUAGUAAUUGUACGCGUCAAGAAUAAGUAACUGCCAAUUUAACAUUAGAAUUUCUAAUUACAUUUAGGUGAUGGGUACGUCUAUAUUUACAUCUUCUGUUGUUGAAAUCUUUAGCACAGUUCUAUUGCUGUGCAAUUGGCACAAUGAGAUCUCUACACGUCUUUAUUUAGCACGCUACUUUGUUGUUGAAGUCUAUGCACUGUUACUGAUGAAAGAAAUAAAGCACUGCAAUCUAUAAGACUUGAGAGUAAUAAUUGAUAAAUGUGCACAUGCAAAAUGAUGCUCAUCAAUAUGGAUAAUCAAGUCAGAAUGAAUAAAAAUUUUUUUUCUCGUCUUGAGUCUACGGCGAAUUUGAUAAGACUGAGUCACGCGCGUAGAGGAAAAAGGUAAAAUGACGAUAAGCUUGUAUACAACAUUGUUUUAUUGAUGAUGUGGCUAGUUUAUUUAAAAUAUCAAAAGGAACCGUCCAACAACUCAGCAUCAUUUUAUUUUCUAAACUGAUGAUAUUAUCCCAGUCAAGAGUGUGAUUAAACUUAAUGAUUUGUUAUUACC